AUGGGCCGCGUCUCCUGGGCACGACUGUUCGGGGCAGACCCAAGCCUCGAUAACCUCCAUCGCUUCGAAACCUCAUGGCUGCUCUCGCCCACCGCGCUGGCCGGCGUGCGCGCCCUGACCACCUUGUACAUCUUCACCACCAUCAUCGUGGUUUGGGCAUGGUAUGGCGCCCAUGACCAUACGUCGGACAUUGGCCAGUCCUUCAGUUACUUCACCUGGUUGACCUACUGGGGUCUGGGCUUCUAUCACCUCGUCGCGACGAUCCAUACCGUGCUCUAUGCGCGAACAGGUCGCUCGGUCUUGUUGGAUCGCUGGCCGCGAUUCUUCCGUGUGAUGCACAUCAUGUUCUACGCGACCAUCACCACCUUCCCGUUCUUGGUCACCAUUGUCUUUUGGGGAAUCCUGUUCAAGCCACCUUUCUACAAGGAGAUUUUCCCCGCCUCGAGCUACUGCUGCCGCUACUACAACUACGACUACGACUACGACUACAGCCCUUUCAUUCCUGAUCGCGAGCCCAUCUCCACCCAGUCUAUCUUCUUUUUCCAUCCUCUUUUGACUUUUCUGACGAACCCCCACCAGAUCUCCCAACAUGGUCUCAACUCCCUGCACGCCCUGGUAGAAAUCAUCCUGCCCGCCACCGCUCCCCACCCAUGGAUGGCCAUUCCAGUCCUCAUCGUUCUCCUCCUGCUCUACGUCAGCGUCGCCUACAUCACCCACGCCACCGAGGGCUUCUACACCUACUCCUUCCUCGACACAGGCGUCAACGGCUCCAAGAGCGGCAUCGUCACCGGCUACUGUUUCGGCAUUCUGGCCGCCAUCGUCAUCAUCUUCCUGGUCUCGUGGGGCCUGAUUCGCCUACGUGUGUAUUUGACCGGGGACCGAAUCAAGCGCGCCGCACGCGAUCCGUUGCGCCGCGGCCAGCAUGAGUUUGGCCAUGCGACGAGUCUGCGCGAUUCAUCGAUCGAGAUGAAGCAGGCGUCGGCGGCGUAG